AUGAUAUCAGCUUUGAAUAUGAUGCUCAUCGCAGCGAGCUCAUGUACUAUAUAUACGCGCGCGCGGCUGAUCGAUCUUCCUGGCAAGUGGCGGGCCAGCGGGAUGAUGCACGUGGACGGGGAACACGAAGCUCCCAACUGGUCUUUACAUGUGUAUGUUGAUGACGCUCUUUACAAUCAGUAUUCUCACAAUAAUAGAGCAAAGAAUGCGAAGAUGGUGGCAACAGAAAUGUGUGCCAUGACUGAGGAGGAACCAUUCUGUAUAGCCUUCAUGAUGGCGAUACUUGCGAUUUAUCUAGCACCAAAUACAUCCGUGGCUGUCAACAGGUCCUUUCUGGGAGCUGCUCAACAGCUUGAUAAGCUCAAACAGAUGGAUUGGUGCAAUUUGGUUGCUGACUGCCUAAUCAAAGGAAUCAGGGAAUAUAAAGAGUCUGAUGCAUUGUUUGUCCAUGUAAAGGGUUGCGUGCACAUACUGAGUGUCAUUUUUAUCGAUCUUGUGAAACAUGCUGCGUUCGAAGUACCAAAUGGCUUUCCACGCUUGAGUGUUGUCACUACGGAACAUAACAAAUGGGUAGCUUCACAUCCCUUUGGUAGCUUGCAGGUACAUCGUCUAGAAGACUCUGUUUAUGCUCCUGUGCUUAACAACAUGGGACAUGGUAACAUUGUUGAAGGGGGAAAAUGUGCUGAUUCUGAGACAAAUACUGAUGCUCAGGCCGAUCAGUUUGCUAUCACCGACACUGAUGAGAAUAACAAGCAUCCUGUAUCAGCAGAGCUUGGCAAUGCUAGAACAACCCAUAACAUGAUUACAGACGGGGUGCAGGCUCCUCCAGAAGUGGAUGUGGGAAGGAACAGGGGUUCGCCGUCAACGAUGGAGAAGGACAAUCGGAGCGCCAAGAAAGCGAGGGCGGAGCUGCCCAGCAGUGGCCAAGUGAAGCCAGCCGGAGAAGUUACCAUAAAGAUGGACAUGAGUUUGCUUAAUUGCCGCGUCUGCUCCCGCCCCAUCAAGCCCCCUGUCUUCCAGUGCAAUGCCGGGCAUUUGGCAUGCGGCAGAUGCCUCGCCGAGCUCCCUGGCGAACAGUGCCAGACGUGCGAGCACGGCGGUGGCUUUAGCCGCUGCCCUGCGAUGGACGCCGUCGUCUCCUCGACGGUCAAGUGUCGCCACGACGGCUGCGGGAGCGACGUCCCCUACAACGAGCUCGAGGACCACCAGAGCACGUGCCUGCAUGCGCCCUGCUUCUGCAUGGAGCCUGGCUGCGGCUUCGUCGGUGCACCGCUGGCGCUCCUCAGCCACCUGGGUGCCCUGCAUACAAUGCCAGUGCACAAGGUCCACUAUGGGAAGGUUCACCGGUUCCGGGUGUCGGAGCCGCAGUGCCUGCUCCACGGGCAAGGGGACGACAGCGUGUGCCUCCUGGCCGUUGGCGCCCUAGACAUGGCCACCGUCGUGUCUGCAGUGUGCAUCAGAGCAGGAGCGUCCCCAUGCCCACGGUACGCUGUCAAGGUUUGGGCAAAUGGUCCACCACUACCGAGCAGCGCGGCGGGCAGCAUUCUACUGGACAUGAAGGCGGUGACGAGCAGCACUAGGCCCGGCGAGGUCGCUGUGCAGGAGCGUCCCCAUGCCCACGGUACGCUGCCCGCCGGGCCUUCGCAUUGA